AUGAAGCUUGUCGCACUGUUCAGCACCUUCAUAGUUCUGUUUGUCAACCAUUCUUCUGCAAUUCGCUUGGUUCCCAUUCCUGACAUUGAUGCUCGUUCGCCAACUCUACAAGAACGUGCCCCUCAAGCUACGCCGGGUGCGUUGGGCCCGACGUUGAAAGGUCCCAUGAGCGCUGUUGGUCAGACCACAUCGCAAGAUAAGCCUUUGGGCUCGACUAUGAAGGGAGUCGUGGAUGGUGUUAAGAAGGCCACAUCGCAAGGCGGGUCCGAUGGAUUUAUCAAGUCUCCCGCGAAAAACCCCGUCUAUGCUGCGUCCGCCUCUACGAAGGAGGGAUCACCAGCUUCUGGGCCUGUGCGGGUCGCUUCGAGCAGCAAAACGGGAGCCCCAGGCAAUGCUGUUGCAAAACCUGGUUCAGACAGGCCUGUUUCUCCCGGCUUGAUAUCGUCAGUGAAGGAUGGCUACGACAGCGCCCUGGCAAAGCCUUCUACAGAUAAACCUGUUUCGCCUGCGUCGUCUGCUUCGAAAUCCGAUACCCCCGGCUCUGUGACGGCUGCGACUAGCAGCAAGAGUACCGGGGGCAAGCCAGCAGCCGAUAAGCCCAUAUCGUCCGCAACGAAAGAGGGGGCUACCGGUGGCCCCAUUCAGGUAGCGUCAAGUAACAAGCCCAACCCGGGCGGCUCCACCAAACCAACGAUGGACAAACCUGUGUCUCCUAACUCGUCUUCAAAGGUCGGUCAGAGCGGUUGGACUCAAGUAGCAAGUAGCAACAAGAGCAGCGGUGGCGGGUCGGCUACGAAACCCGCUGCAGACAAACCUGUCGCACCAUUCGAAUCGUCCGGCAAGGGGAGUGGGAACGCGGAUGCUCCUGUUCGCGUCGCCGUGAAUAACAAACCCAACAGUUCUGGAGGGGAUAUUUCGCAAAAGGCAAAGGAGGUAGAAGCCGCCGGGAAGAGUAAGGAGAAAGCGAAUAGUGUGUCGGAAAAAGCGAAAGAACUGGCAAAUGCUGGGAAACCGAAGACCUUUACUCAGCAGGCCAAGGAAGCUAUGGAAGCGUCCAAGAGCAAGAGCCAGCCAGAGUCAAAUUCGGGUGUUAAACAGCCUGGCUCGUCUGCACCAUCCUCCCCUUCCUCAUCCCCAAACAAGGAUGCAGCCAAUGCGAAGAACUUUGCCUCGAAUCAUCCCUCCCCUUCAACGGCCGACUCUGAUGAUGACUCGAACAAUCCCGUCACGAAACCUCGGCCGGUAGAACCCGCCAACAAGGAGAAAUCUGACUCUAAGACGCCAGUAUCAAAGGGCAACGACCCGGAACAAGCUAAUUCUGCCUCGAAGGCGAAGACUAACACUUCCGACUCGCACCGCGUACCUGCAUCCAAGGGCAAAUCUGACCCCGUGGUGGAGGACGAACCAUCGAGGCCACCUUCGUCGAAAGCCAAGUCCGAAACCGAUUCGGCAGCGAAAGGACCAACAUCGAAGGGGAGCUCGAAUUCGAACAUGGCCGGGGAUCAAGCUCCAAAGGGCCCUACCACGAAGGAUAAAUCUUCUGCUACGGAUCCCGCGUCGAAGGGGAAAACACCGCCAUCUGCUGCUUGCAUCCCCGGUGAUGCGACUGUUGGCCGUGUUCUCGCUGCAGACGGUAGCCGAGCUGGGGCCAAUCCUUCUGACACGUCGAUACUUCUGAACAAGUAUGGCCCAGUCAUAAUUGGGUUGCUUGCUGGUAACCUAGCUUUGAUGCUGGUCAUGAGCGGACUAGGUUUCUACGUCUUCGUAUCCAGGAGUGGGAGGGCUCGCAAAGGCCCGAUGCGUAUGGCUUCAAACUACCACCCUGUCAAGCUGGACGACGCAAAGGACAGUCAGUUUAUUUAUGCCGCUCGAUAUGACGCCUAG